AUGCCACAAUCUCCUGCGAAACAGCAAGGAGUCAUCGUAAACCAAUUUGUUGAGGUUCCUGGCGCUAAUCACCGCGUUGAUUAUUCGUUGAUGGAGAAUAAAAACGGGGGCGGCGAUCUGAGGGAGAUCUUUGUCGAUCUCCAUACCAUCCCUGCAGAACCACGCAGUGAAGUUCCUCUACAACGACGGGGCGAUCCUCAAAACAGAGUAAAGGCCAGGGCGGGUGAAGGAUCCUCUUCAACUUCCAUUGUCAGCUCCACCACAAAAGCGUCAUCAACUUCAUCGGAACCAACAAAGGGUUCUUCUUCCUCCACAUCCGCAUCAACAUCCGUAUCCACCUCCACAUCUGACCCCACGACAAAAUAUUCUGGACCCACCAAGACAGACUCUCCCACCCCAACGGGCUCAGCCAAUGAUACCCCCCUCCCCAGUCCUUUCGACAGUAAUCUGGGUUCCAAUUUCACAAACCCCGCUUGCCCCAUAUUCUUUCAAGAUUUCCUCACCAACUCCUCCUUCCAGAACUGUUAUCCUGUCUCCCUUCUUCUUCAAUCCUCUCUCUCUUUCUUUGAAGCGUCGCGCUCCGUUGCUCGCCUCUCCCGAAUCCUGGACGCCGCCUGCUCUGCUCCCCGAGAUGACUGCAAAGCAAUCAUGAGCGACCUAGCCGCGAAACUCACCUCCAAGGAAGUUUGUGGCGAGGAUCUUAGGCUCCAGCAGCCUAUCGUCAUUCAAGCACACAACGGUCUCCGCGCAUACACGGCAGUUUACGACGCCAUGUGCCUCAAAUCCCCGGACACUCAUAACUACUGCUUCUCUGAUGCGGUCGUAAAUGGCACCAAUCCGUCCAAUUCGUUCAUAUACUACUUACCCCUAGGCAUGAAUCUGCCAGGCUCCAGUCGCCCGACUUGUAACAAGUGUCUACAGGCAACGAUGCAGUCCUUUUCUCGCGCGGCAACGACAGAUAACCAACCCAUCGUGAAAACAUAUAUGCCUGCUGCCAAUCAAAUCAAUAUUAAUUGUGGGCCGGCCUUUGUUGUCUCAGCGGUUAAAGUUGGUAAGGAUACAGGGGCCGGGUCGACAACGAGGAUGGUGAAGGUGACCUCUUUACUGAGGAUUAUGGGUUAUAUGAUCCUAUUUUGUGUCGGGAUGCCAUUACUUGGUGGACUUCUAUGA